AAGCCGAUAAAUUAAGAGAGAGAAGGUGAGGGGGAGAGAGAGAGAGAGAGAGAGAGAGAGAGAGAGCAUUCUUGCUCACGGGGGCUAUGGGACUUGGUCGUAUCCUCCAAUUGAACCCAUCUUCGUCAUCUUCAUCUGCUUCUUCUUCGUCUUCUUCAUACUCCUCAGUCGUUUCUGCUCAAAACCCUAACCUCCAAUCAGGGCCACUGCUGCUGUCUCUGGUCUUCCAUUAACCCCACUUGCCCACCUUAGCCUGUUCCCUCAGAUCUGCCUCGGACGCAACAAAAUUCCAGCUUUUGAUCGACACCCACCUGCCUGUUUUGACCAGACAGACGAGGGAAGGUGCUGUUGCUCUGUUCUGCUGGGUGUGGAGCUCUCUCUGCUGUCUGUCGUGUUGCUUGUUAGGUGAGGUGAGCUAUGGAGGGGAAUUCGGGAGGUGGGAAUGAUGUUGAGUUGAUGUGCAAGACCCUCCAGGUAGAGCACAAGCUGUUCUACUUCGAUUUGAAGGAGAACCCGAGGGGCCGGUACCUCAAGAUCUCCGAGAAGACCUCUGCUACUCGUUCCACUAUCAUUGUGCCCUUCUCGGGCAUCUCGUGGUUCUUGGAUCUCUUCAACUACUACGUCAAUUCCGACGAUCAGGACGCCUACAGCAAGGAGCUUCAGCUCGAUACCAAGAUUUUUUAUUUCGAUGUCGGGGAGAACAGAAGGGGUCGAUUCUUGAAGGUCUCUGAAGCUUCAGUCAACAGGAAUCGAAGCACUAUCAUUGUCCCAGCAGGCAGUGCAAGGGAUGAAGGGUGGGCAGCAUUCAGGAACAUCUUAGCUGAGAUUAACGAAGCAAAUAGGCUCUUUAUCAUGCCCAAUCAACAAAACUCGGAACCUUCGGAACGUAUUGUUGGGCUCUCAGAUGAUGUUGGGGCAGGCUUCAUAUCAGGACACAACAGCCAGCCUUCACCAGCUUCUGAUCUGAACGUUGACCGAGGAGUGGAGCUGCCUGCACAAGAUGAAAUCGGCAAUGUGGGCGUCUCGAAAGUGAUCAGAGUUGAUCAGAAGAAAUUCUUCUUCGAUCUUGGGAGCAACAACCGAGGUCAUUUCCUGAGGAUAUCUGAGGUUGCUGGUUCUGAUCGUUCAUCCAUCAUCCUCCCUCUCUCGGGACUGAAGCAGUUCCACGAAAUCGUGGGCCAUUUCGUAGAGAUAACCAAGGACCGGAUUGAAGGAAUGACUGGUGCAAACGUCCGAACUGUGGACCCCCCGCAAAGAUGAAUGGUGGCAAUGAACCGAUACAGGAGUUUGCUGAGAAACGCCUGAUUAAUAAUCUCAUCUCCGCUAAGGUUUCUUUAGAGUGCCAAGUAGGGUGUCUAAUUAGGGGUGGUGCAGUGAUGCUUUUAUCUGUUACCUUUUUUCUUUUUCCUCUUCUUCAUUUUGUCAUUCAGGUUUCUGAAAUAACCGAUUUAUCUGUUCAGUCGACAGAUAAAGACAAUAGGGAAUAACACGAAUAAAAGUACCGGAAUCGUGUGAUUGUUUAUGUCUGUACGAUAGUGUGGUCUCACUGCAUUUUAACUUUGUUUCCAAUAAGCGCUAGUAGCAGCAGUUGUGUUUGUCUCUGUUACAACAAUAAUCGAAACAAUUGUGAAGAUUUCAUUAAUUAAGUUCUCCGUACUCACAGCUUAAUCUCAAA